GAAGGUGCGGCGGAAGCCGAUGAGCACCGCCGUCUGAGGCCAGAGCCGACGCCUCUGAGGCCGUAGCGCCUCGUUCGAACGCGCCAAACAGCGCUCUGAGGCCUUCCAUCGACGCGUACGCGCCGCGAAGCGCUCCGAGGCGCCACACACACCGCACCAGCAUGUCCCAGCACGUCGACCGGCGGGACCAGUUCGUGCGCGCGCUCUGGCGCCACGCGGACACGCUGCGCAGCGCCGAGCACCAGGCCGCCGCGCGCACGUCGGCCGUGACGGCCCUGGUCCGCAUCGGCGUCCACCCGGAGCCGCUGCGGAGCGUGGCGCAGGCGCGGCGCGUCAAGUCCGUCGGCGACAGGCUCGAGGCCGCGCUCGAGGCCGCGGGCGGCCCGACGGCGACGGAGCCCGGCAAGUACGCCUGCGCGGCCGUCGCCCUGUUGGCCGCGCUGCUGCGCCUCGAGGCGACGACGUCGCCCGCGCCGCUGCGCGCGCUCGUCGACGAGGCGAACGGCCUCCUGGAGCGCGGCCGGCGCUUCGGAAGCCUGGAGGCGAUGGCGGCGGGCGCGUGCGGCGCCUGGGCGCAGAUGACGCCCCUCGAGGGCGCGCUCAAGUACGUCAAGCGGCGGUCGCGCGUCAACCUCGAGGGCGGCUGCGCCUUCGAGCUCACGGCGGCGGGCCGCGCGGCCGCGGCGGUCCUCGCGCGCGACCGCCGGGGCACGGGCGGCGACGCCGUCGGCGCGCUCCGGAGCUGGUGCCCCUCGGGCGCCCCGUCGCCCGACGACGUCGUCGUGCUCGUCGACGAGCGCGAGGGCGGCGGCGACGCGCACCACCUGCCGACGAUCGCGACGUUUCUUAAAGACGAAGGCGUCGCCUACGAGACGCGGCGCCUGCCCACGGGCUUCGGCGACUACGCCGUCGCGCGGCGGCGCGCGGACCUCGCCGGGGACAGGGUCGACGGCGUCUACCCCAUGCUCCUCGAGCGCAAGUCGGCCGUCGACGUCGCGGACAGCCUGCGCGACGGCCGCUGGGCGAAGCAGCACGACGCGAUGCGAAGGACCGCGGACCGGUUCCCCGGCGGCGCGGCCUUGGUCUACGUCGUCGAGGGCGACCCGGCGCGCCACGUCCACACGGCCUGCGGCUGCGGCUGCCUCGGCGUCGGGUCCUGCGGCAACCCGAACCUCGCGGCCGUCGCGGCGGCCGUCGACGCGCGGGAGCGGUCGGGCGUCGAGAUCGCGCGGACGCGCGACGUCCGCGCGACGGCGCGCCUCGUCGCGGAGCGCUACCGCGCGGCGCGGGCGGGCUUCUUCGACGACGCGCCCGCGCUGCCGGCGUCGCCGCCGACGACGCCCGGCAAGCGCAAGCCCGGCGCGACGCCCGCGUCUCCGCCGAAGCGCGAGAAGCCGACGACGGGCCCGUCCGCGGCGGCCGUCGCGGCCUGGACGGCGCGGGACCCCGCGGCCCUCGGCAAGCUCACGGGCCCCCAGUUGAAACUCUUGUGCGAGGCCGUCGGCGAGGCGACGUCGGGGGCCAAGAGGGAGCUCGUCGCGCGGCUGCUGCUUCCCCCGAUGCCCAAGGUCCUCGUGGACCGCAAAGCCCGCAAGCUCUACGUGCCCCGGGACCGGAGCUGCCCCAUGGCCCUGCUCUGCGCCCUCGACGCCGCGGCGCGGACCGGCGCGGGCCCGCUGUCCAAGGACGACUGGAUGGCCCGCGCGGAGCGCUGCGGCGUGGCUAGCGUCAGCCUCUACGAGAAGUCGGGCCCCAUGCAGUACGACGGCUGGAGCUCGUGCAACGGCCAGCUCUGCUCGGGCCAGCCGUCGCUCGUGGCCAAGGUCAACCCGGGGGCGCGCUACGAGCUCGGGCGCCUGGCGACGGCGGAGUGCGCCUCCGGCCGCGACGUCGCCGCCGCUUUGCACGCCAAGGCGCACGCGCGCGGCUGGUGCGCCUGCGCGUCCGCGCCGCCCGCCGGCGACGCCGCGGCGGCGCCCGUGGCCCUCGGCGCCGCCGCCGCCCGGGGGGGGCGCGGCUCCAUCGCCGCGUUCCUCUCGCCGCCGCGGCCGGGCCGCGCGCCGUCGCCGCCGCGGUCGCCGCCGCGGCGGCCGCCCGCGGCGGCCGCGCCGCCGCCGACGCCGCCGACGGUGACGAAGCAGCGGACCGCCGCGGCGCGGCGCGCGUCGCUCCUCGCGGACCUCGACGACGACGACGAGGACCUCUUCGGCUUCGACUCGCGGAAGCCGGCGGCGGCGAGCCCGCGGCCGCCGAAGCCGCCGCCGGCGAGCCCGCGGCCGCCGCCGCGCACGCCCGCGCCGCCGGCGACGCCCGCGCCGCCGGACAGCUCCGUCAUGGACCUGACGUCUGCGCGGCCGGCGAGCGACACGCCGGAGAGCUCCGUCAUGGACCUCACGUCGCCGCCCGCGCCGCCGUCCGCGCGGAGCGACGCGUCCGACGACGUCAUGGACCUGACCUUCUCGCCGGACAACUCCCAGCAGGAGCCGCCGCCGCGCCGGGGGAGCCUCAUCGACCUCACCGCACCCGCCCGGGCGCCCGGGCGCCCGGGCGCCCGCCGCCCCGGAACGCGGGCCGAGAUCCGGGCCGAGAUGGCUGCCGAGGUCGAGCGGGAGGCGCUCGCCGCGGGCGGCGAUGGCGAGCGCGAGCGGCAGUCCAUGGCGCUCGCCGCGACCGGCGUCUCCAUGGCGCCCGCCGAGAGCACCGCCGCAGCGUCGGCGCGCACCGUCUCCUUCGGCGGGCUGCCGCCGCCGCCCGACGACGGCGUGCGGGAGCGGCAUUCGUGGCGCCUCGGUCCCAAGGGUUCCGCGUCCGUGAGCAUGCCCGCGCUCCACUCCGUCGGCAGCUCCAACGCGGACACGCUCCUGAGCUCGAGCACGACGGGGAGCAUCCGGCGGCGGUCGAAGCGCGACGACGACGACGGCGGCGCCGCCGGCGAGCCCGAGCGGCGCACGAUCUUCUUCCAGCGCAUCCCGCACCAGCGCACGGGCGCUCCCGACGAGGAGCAGCAGCGGAGCCCGUCGUCGACGCUGCUCUACGCGCAGGACCUCCUCGUCGCGGCCCUCGACGCCCCGCGGCUCGCGACGUGGAUCAUGGCGUCGAGCGGCCUCUGGCGCUUCAUGGGCGAGUGGAAGCGCUACGCGCCGGUCUACGAGGCGUUCUUCCUCGCGGGUUUCGGCGCGUGCGGCCUCGCGUGCCUCGGGAACGCCUUCCUGGCGGCGACGCCCUACCACACGUUGCCCAUGUCGCUCCUGACGGCCUACGUGCACGUGCCCGCCGUCCACGGCUUCCGGUUCUGGCGGCGGACGCUCAACGACGUGCGGUCGUCGGGGCUCGUGAAUUCGCUCGUCGCGCACGAGUCGUCCGUCGUCGGCGCGGCGGUGAAGAACAUCGGCAUCGGCCUGCGGUGCACGGUCGUGGGCCAGGCGUGCUUCGUGGUGGUCGUGCUCGCGGCGUACGCGCUGCCGGCGACGCCCCUCGGCGACUUCGGCGCGACGGCGCCGCGGACGGGCGCUUCCGGCGUCGAUGUGGCCGCGGUCCGCGCGCACGGGCUCCUCAUGUGGGUCUUCAUCACCAUGGUCAUGUGCGCCAUCACGGGCCAGUACGCGCUGUUCGCGCUGUACUCCUACCUCCACACCAUCGACGUCGCGCUCGCGGGCGAGCGCGUCAUCGCGAAGAUGCACCGCCCACUACGACACGCGCGACCGGCGCACGUGAGCCGGGGCGGCGCCUACGCGCGCUACGACCUCGACGAGCUCCUCGAGGACGUCGCGGCGACGUGCGGCGCGACGCAGGCGAGCUUGACGCGGUCGUCGGACGCGUGGUCGUCGAUCCUCAUCCACUUCCUCCUCGUCGCCUUCGCCCAGACCUUCGUCGUGCUCAACCACGUGACGCUCCACACGGUGGGCGAGCUGAAGCACACGCCCUACGGGUAUUGCUACUACUUCCAGGACGCCUUCUUCGUCGGGUCCGCGGGCCUGGUCAUCUUCUCGACGGUCGUCUUCGCCGCGUCCGUGACGUCCAAGUGCCGCGAGGUGCGCGGCGAGGCGAAGCGCAUCGCCUACGCAAACGACGCCCACGUCCACGCCGCGGCGCUGUCCCAGGUCCUCGAGGACCACCUCGUCGGCAUCAGGGCAGCAAAAGAGAGCGAAAUUCCCAACUUCAAAGGCUCCUAUCUCGGCCGUUUUCCACUCGUCGGCAUGUCCUGCUUCGGCCACCCCGUCGACCAGCAGAAGGUCGCGAUGAUCCUCUUCGCGUACACGAUGCUCGUGCUCAACAGCGUCAUCGCCAUCCUCGCGCGGCGCUACAACGAGCCGGCCGUGGCGGCGGACGGCGCCGAGGACGCGGCGGACGGCGCCGAGGCCGCGGCGUCCGACGCGUCGGCCGCCCUGCCCGACGACGCCGCGGGCGUCGACAUGUUCGGGAACCCCGUGUCGGAGAGCAGCGAGCUGUUGGGCGACGCCGCGGCCGCGGACUUCGAGGCGUUCGAGGCCUUCCCCGACGACGCGCCGCUGCCGCCCGGCUUCGAGGAGCCGGCGGAGACGCUGGCGGCGGCGGCGGCCUUCCAGGAGGACGUCGCGGGCCCCGCCGAGGCGACGUACCGCGAGGCCGACUUCGUCGGAAGCGAGUGGAAGAUCGGCGUGCUCUGGCGCGACAAGGAGAAGAUCGACGUGACCUGGGUCCGCUGCAAGGAGGACGGCAACUCGGAGUGGGGCUGGGGCGCCAGCGGCAAGUGGCGCCUGGAGGACGGGUCGUUCCUCACGUUCACGCGCGACUUCCCCCUCGGGUGGAACGGGAAGCGGCUCUUCUCCGCGCGCGUCGGCGCGGACGGCAACUUCGUCGAGGGCGUCGUGCGCGGCUGGAAGCCCUUCGAGUCCGCGACGAUCAUGGGCCAGUGGCAGGCCAUCCGCCUCGGCGUCGAGGGCCGCGGCGCCGCGCCCUGGUUCGAGGACGAGGAGGGGGAGUUGAAGUGGCCCAUCACCAUGGCCGCCACCUUCGCGCCGGACACGAUGGCCUUCGUCGUCUGCCUCGUCGUCAUCGUCGUGGACCGCAUGGGCUCCAAGUUCACGGAGCCGGCCCAGUUCCCCUACUCGCAGGAGCUCGGCAUCUCGCUGCCGCGGCUGUCGCUCAUCCUGGCGGCGCGCGAGGUGUGUAACCUCGUGUCCAAUCUGUGGAUGCCGCGCGCCGCGGACCGCGGCGGCCGCAAGGCCACGGUGCUCGUGUCCAUCGCCGGGUCCUUCGCGGCCUACGCGAUCCAGGCCUGCGCGGCGUACGCGGCCGACGGCUUCGCGACGUUCUUGGUCGGCAAGAUCGUCGCGGGCCUCUUCGGCGGCACGCUGGGCCUCUGCAUCGCCUACAUCCUGGAGCUGAGCAUCCCGGACAUGGCCCUGGCGAAGAAGCGCGUGUCGACGGCCAUGGCCUGCAACAUGGUCGUGCCCAUGACGAUGGCGCCCAUCGGCGGCGCGGUCGCGCGCUUCGGGCUGAACCUGCCGUUCUUCAUCUCCGCGGGCGUCGCCGCGCUCGGCUUCGUCUUCUGCGCGCGGUUCAUGAAGGAGGUGGCGGAGCUCGGGGAUACCGACGCGAAGGACGACGACGACGAGGACGGUCCGCUCGUCGGCGCGCCCGUCGAGAAGGACGACGUCAAGUUCGAGGACCUCGAGAACCCCUACAAGGACCCCGUGCUCCUGCUCCAGGCCUGCUGCUUCGUGCCCAUCUUCGUCGUCGUCAUCUCGCUCAUGCUCAUGUACUCGAUCCUGGUGAGCCGGCGGUGCUUCGGGCUGGAAGAAGACUCGGACGAGAAGACGCGGGAAGCCGUCGCGGAGGCCGCGGGGCUCAUCGCCAUCCCGUCGUCGACGUCGAUGAUCUUAUCGAUGACCAUGGGCUACCUCAUCGUCUCGAAGCGCUUCGGCGACUUCUUUUGCGUCGUCGUCGGCGGCGGCGUGGGCGGCUUCUCGUGGGCCAUGCACGGCUUCUGCCGGCGGCUGUACCAGGUCGCGCUCUGCGGCUGCGGCUUCGGCGGCGGCAUGGGGCUGCUCGUGGGCUGCGCCAUGAACAUGUCCAACGGCUACGUGACGCUCAAGUACCCGCGGCAGAUCGCGACGGCCAAGUCCGUCGCGCAGCAGGGCAAGAAUUUGGGGUCCAUCGCGUCCGCGCCCUUGGUCGUCUUCCUCGUGGAGCGCGACCGCACCGCGGCCUGGGUGCUGACGGGGCUGGGGCUCUGGGUCGCCGCCGCGGGCCUCGCGACGAACCUGACGGUCAUGAACCGCGCGGUCGCGGCCAUGGAGGCGGCGAAGCUGGAGGCGAAGACGCCGCCGCCGACGGCGACGGAGGCGCAGAUGACUCUCGCGCGCGAGAAGACGAACGCGCUCGACUUCGACGCCUACGUCGCGUCGCUCGGCGACGAGCUGCGGACCAUCUUCACCGACGGCGGCUACGACGUGCCCCUGCGCUGGAACGGCGGCGCGCAGCGCUGGGUGAAGCGCGUCCUCCGCCGCGCGCUGCCGCCGCUGCGGCCGUGGGCGGACGACGACGGCGGCGCGGCCUUCAUCGAGGACCUGACGAGCCUGCUCGAGGCCCACGGCGAGGCGCGGGCCAUCGAGCGCAUCCGCGCGCGCCACGCGGCGUUCCGCGACGCGGGCCGCGCGUCGCUCGACGACUGGAUCUUCGCGGGCGCGUCGGCCUACGCGUCGGGCACCUACGCGUCCGCGUCGCCGGACCGGCCCCUCAACGACCCGACGGGCGCGCCGCACUAA